CUUUUACAGACAAAGUGAAGUCAUUAGUGUGUGGAAUUGUUCAGGCAGGACGCCACUGAGGCCUAGGUGAGUAUACCACUGUCAAGAGCCCAACUUCGCACACAACGCGUCACCCACUGUGGGCGUGUUGUUCACAAUGAGGUCUAUAAAGAGUGAUCAUCUCAGCCACCGAGGUCACACAGCUUACUGCAGACACAAACCCCCUGUAAAAAAACAACAAUGCAGGCUGAAGAAUACAACCGCAGAGGUAAGGAGCUGGUGGAUUACAUCACUCAGUACCUGGUCUCCAUCAGGGAGAGGAAAGUCAUUCCAGACGUGGCACCGGACUACAUGAGGCAGCUGAUCCCGGACACUGCCCCUGUGGAAGCUGAGGAUUGGGAGAGUAUCUUCAAAGAUAUCGAGAGAGUCAUAAUGCCGGGGGUAAGUUCAUGCUGUCACCUGCCGUCUGCAAUGCAAAACGCCCCUGAUUUAGUCCUAACCUAGAACCUCUGCAGCGGCACCAUCAAAACCAGACAACUAUCAGAUGUGGCU